UAAUCCAGGCUGGCUCGGGCCGUCAUUUGGCUUGCUUGGCGUGGGAGUGCUUGGUGAAUACAAUAUACAGCUUUCUGUCAGGUAUUCCACCAAUUGAUAUGUCUGAAGAAACUGCUAUGAAACCUGCACAGGCUGAAGUAAAUCAGGAUGAUCUAGUCAUGGCGCAACAGCGUAAUAUUGAGCAAGAGAUUGCCGCCAACACAGCUCUGGUAGGGGCCGUGGAGGAGGUCACCUGUCUGCUGGAGGAGUACGCCAGCGACGCCGUGUACCAGCAGAAGAUCAAGCACCUCAACACCAAGUACCACUCGCUGCGGCGGACCCGGCCCGACGGCAACUGCUUCUUCAGGGCCUUCGCCUUCAGCUACUUCGAGAGCCUGAUUGGCGACCAGCAGGAGUUCGAGAGGUUUUACAAGAUUGCAAAAGACAGCAAGGACGAUUUGAUAGCACUCGGAUUCCCGAAAUUCACGUUAGAAGACUUCCAUGAUAUGUUUAUCGAGGUGCUGGACCGAGUGAAGUCGGCCCAGUCGGCCGACGACAUCGAGCAGAUCCUGCAGGAGCCGGCCUACUCCGACUACGUGGUGGUCUACAUGCGGCUGGUCACCUCGGGGCACAUGCAGAAGAACGCCGACUUCUACGUCAACUUCCUGGACGGCUACCCCAGCGUCAAGGACUUCUGCGCGCUGGAGGUGGAGCCCAUGUACAAGGAGUCGGACCACAUCCACAUCACGUGUCUGACCUCGGCCGUCGGGGUCGGCGUCCGGGUCGAGUAUAUGGACCGCGGCGGCAAUGAGGUCAACGCACACGACUUCUGCCCCGAAGGCGUGGAUGAGCCCCGCAUCCGGCUGCUCUAUCGGCCGGGCCACUACGACAUCCUGUAUCUGUGAUUCGGGCUGACAUCUGCCGGCCACGAAAGCAAUUUCAGUUUCUAAUGGCGGUUACCAGGCGGCGUGCGCCCCGCCCACAUGCGACCGCGAUGGGCAACUUCGCGCAGUGCUCGGCCCCCGGAGGCGCGGCACCGGGGCGCCGUGCCCCUGCUCGGAUACGAGCAUUGUCCGGACAAGAAGAAGGUGCACGUGCCCCCACUGCCCCUGCCGGUCCACGUCGACAGAUCCGUGCUCCUUGCCAGUCGGUAUGGCACCUGGCGUCUUGAGGGGCGCAGAGGUCACCUCAACAGCGGGAGCCCUGGUGCGCGAGCCGCUGACCGGCUCGUGUACUCUGCCGUCACUGCCAACUCUGCUCCCGGACGACCUCCGUCUGACCAGACGCCACGACCGCGGCCGCGGCCAUCCGGUAGCGCAUCUUCGCGGUGUCAUUCCUCCCCCGUGCGCGUCCUCCGUUGCAGAGGCGCUGCAGAGGGAUGGGACGCCGUAUGGGGCAAACUUCAUCCCAUCCGUGCAGUGGGGUGUCGUCGAUGUCUUCGUCCUCGGCGCGAUCCGCAUGAAAUAAACUGAUGCAUGUGAUAGAUGUUCUCAUUGGUGACGCUGUUGACUUCUUGCACCUUGGUCUGUUAUUGGCAUUGAACAUGUUGACCGAAGUACAGUUAAAUAAAUGGUCCGAUUGAAAUAAACAACUAUAUUUUUUCGAGAA